ACUCCUACCACUCCCAUCUCCUCUGCACUCUCCUCCAGGCCGUCAUCUGAGCUCCUGCUCAGCUCAGCUGCUGCUCCUGUUUACCCAACGCCGCCUGGCAGCUCGCGCUCGCCGCACGCUCUGGAUUAACACACACAUGGGCGUGCUUAGAUGCACACACAGGCACACAAAUGUACAUACAGCUCUUGAUGUUUUUUCCCGGACAACUUUUAUGAAGGAGUGGGAAUUGAUUUAUUAAUUUUUGACACCCCUUGUGUUUGUUGUUGCGGAAUUAAACUUAGUAAAGGGGUCUUUUUUUUUUUUUUGCUUGCAAUGGAUCACACGCUGUUCGGCUGCCUGCGCAGCCCUCACGCUCCUCCUCAGGCCCUGCACCCAGCCUUUGCCCUGCACAGCCGGUCCGAGCACCUUUCAGCCUACCCUGACCUCUCGUCCUCUUCCUCGUCCUCCUCUCCCUCCUGUGUGGUCAGCUGUUAUCCGGGUGAGGACGGGCUCUACGGAGGGCAUGGGCACCAGCGUGGACCCCCGAUUACCCAGCAACAUCACCCUGUAACACCCCAACCACAACAAGGCAGCUGGCACAUACCCCAAAUGUCCAGUCUGUCAAAUAACAAUGUGCGCUUAGGCCUCGGAAUGGCAGGGACAGACUCAGGCUCCUCAGAUAUGGUACCUAGUGGCCCAAGUCUCUGUGCCAGUACGCCCAGUCUUGGUGGAACUGUGCCUUCGGGGGUCUCCUGUCUGCCUGGUGGGGACUUUGGGCGUCAAACGCUGUCUCCAGCAGAGGCAGAAAAGAGAAACGGAAAACGAAGGAGUGAUAGUUCAGAGUCUCAGGAUGGAAAUUACAAAUCGGACACGAGUAGCAAGCCCCGGAAGGAGCGGACCGCCUUCACUAAAGAACAGAUCCGGGAGCUUGAGGCGGAAUUCGCCCAUCAUAACUAUUUGACCCGACUGAGACGUUAUGAAAUAGCGGUAAACUUGGACCUAACGGAAAGGCAGGUAAAAGUGUGGUUUCAGAACAGACGGAUGAAGUGGAAGAGAGUGAAGGGUGGACAACAAGGGGCGGUGGCAAGGGAGAAAGAACUGGUGCAUGUGAAAAAGGGGACUUUGCUGCCUUCAGAGUUUUCAGGCAUCGUCGGACUUCACCACAGAGCAGACUCACUGAUUAAUGACGACAGCCAUGACAGCGAUCAGAGCUCUGAUCAUGCUCAGUUAUGAUAUGAAGAUGUUGCCCCCGAGAUGCAAAACUGGGGUCCGACCGUACCCUAGUGCUAUCACAGUUGCUAUUUAUGAAGAGGAGCCACAUAUUGGGUCAGCAGUCCUGGGCUUUAAAUCCACAGGGAUGUAUUACAAAACCACAACUGGAAGACCUAGAGGACUAGAAGGAAUGUCCCUAUAAGGAUUUUUGGUAGCGGAAUGACAAUGCUCAAAAUACAUGCACGCAUGUACAAAGGACUGACUUAUGAUUAUGUAAAAUAUGCCCAUGUGCCUUACCAUUAAAAAAAUUUUAAAAAUCAAAAACAAAUGUAAAUUAACAGUUAGAUGCAGUUUACAAGUGGAAUAUUGCAAGAGUUGGAAGUAUAAAUAUGUUAUAUGCUGACAGGGUUUUAAUAAAAAAAAAAAAAUGUGAGUUUUUUUAGUGUUAAAAUGUUAUUUCUAAUUUGUUCAAAAAUGUUGAACAUUCCAUACAAAAAGUGCCUUGUGUUACAAAGUGGGUCUGUUCUCUGGUUUACACUGUAAACCAUCAUUCAUUUCUUUUCUACUGUAUAUUCUAAAAGUCUCAUUGUACACAAAAUCAUUAUUUAACCCAGCUUGCAAGAGAAGCCCAAACUCCCCUUUUUCUUAAGUUUUUCUGUAAAUUUCUGUAAAUAUCAGUAUGACUAUUUUCCCACCACCCACCUCACGUCUGCUACUUUCAUCUUAAAUAAAAAUGUUUUUGGCUUUUCUUUCA